AUGGAGGACGAGGGAGUGGUUGAGGAGGGAGGAGCGGCUGCCGAAGUGAAUUGGGAACGUUUUAGAGGAGACCUCAAGGUUUCGAAGAUGGCCAUCACGCGUUCGCGCCCCUCUGUACCCUUUGAGAUUCCAAUCCUGCCCCGGCCGCGGCCAUACAGACCAGGCGACGGACCGCCCCCCCCGAAUAUCGACAUACAACUUGUCCACGACUCAGAAGCUUUCAUCGUCGACAAAAUCGUCUUGCCUAUCGAGCCUUUUACCGCCCGUCAAAGGAGGGCGUAUUACAUCAUCGGGUGGCCCGACCUGCCCGCCGCGAGACCUGUCAUCGACUGCGCUCGGGCGCUCGACUAUGUCUCUCCCAGGACACUGGAGGAUUGGGAAUAUCAAGACUUCUUGCGCAGGGAGGCGGAAAGAGUACAAGCUGAGGAGGAAGCUAGGAAAGCUGCUGUGGCUGCUACAGUUGCCCAGGCUAAGGGCAGUACUCAAACAGAUUUGCUGCCUGAUAAGAAGAAUAAGCCGAGGAGGAAACCGAAACAUGCAAAGGGACUACACAAGAGACCACCCACGCCACAGUUGGACAGAGAACAGGAGGAGAUGCUUGCUAAGCGCAAACAUGGCCCCUCGCUAUCUACACCUUCGAAGAACAGGAUCGCACAACUGGACGUGGAGAUAGACCUGUUAGAGGGCCUGGAGGAAGAGAGUUCGGAUGGAAAUGCGGAGCAGGGACUCCAAACACAACUAGACAACGAGAUGCUGGGUAUGAAUUCCACGGCCAAGGCCCUCGACAUGGAUGCCUCAGGUGGUUUGAACCCGCUCGAGGCGAGUGUCGCCACGUCUCGUUCAGAGAGCCCGGCGAGGGCGAGUAGCACAAGGAGAUCUGUGCCUCGGAUAGAAGCGAUUGAUAGGAUGGCUGAUUCCAUCACGAACCGAUCUGCGACCCCAGCAGGGAAUUCGACCUUUCGACAUUCUGUCAGUCAGGCAAAGCUGCCCACCCAACCGGCCUCUAGUCAGCUCUCGCAGUCCCAUAUCCAAAAGCCAGUCUCAACAACCCCCAUACCGGUCCCAAUCCUACCAACAUUUACCUCAAGAUCAAAUCCCAUAUCAUCAUCUAUCCAUUCAUCGACACAUAUCCGUCCAUCGGUAGAAGUAAAGCCGACUCCGUCACCGUCGAGGCCGGAGGGCUUAGGAGAGCCAACACAGCCUCCUUCAUUGCCUUUGAGGCCGCCGGCGCCGCCAUACUCCAAUGGGCACGGUGGCUUCACAACCGCCACCAACAUGUUUACGCCCACAAGCAGCGAUCUCCCGCAGCACCACAAACGACAAGCAGAAAACACUGCUGCUGCAGGUACCGCAGCAGACACGCUCAGCGUUGAAGCCAAGAAGAAACGACAGAAAACAUCACACAAGGUCUCACGGUCACCACCUGAACCGACCAGGGGCGAGAUAGAAGUAGUACCAGCCCAACAAGAAUGGGUGGUUAGGCGCCUUGAAGGUGAUGAAGUCAUCGAUGGAGUACACUACUUUAAAGUACGCUGGGAAGGCAAUUGGCCACCCGAGGAAAACCCAACAUGGGAGCCUCAGGAGAAUAUCUCGGCGGAGCUUGUGACGAAGUAUCUGCGGAGCAAGGCCGCUCAAGCUUUUGCAAAGGCGAAAAAGCGGAGGUCCUUAAAGAGCAGUGACGGCUCUGGCAAGCCAAAAGACAAGAAACAGAGAACUCUGGCACAAUGGGCUACAAGAUACAACAGCGUGUCUGAAGCCUUCGAGGGCAGGUCGGAGCUGGAUGAGAACGCCAACCGCCAGGGCAACGGCGAUGCCCCAGAGGAGCCAAAGGGAACGGGGCAAGGAGAUGAUGACGAGGCCGAUGAAGUCUUUGUUGUAGAUGAGAAGCAAUUCAAGGGACAAGAGCACGCUACCACUGCGAGGAGCAAGUACUUAGGUGCUCAAAUUGCCGCCCAAUUCGGGCGGAGAUCAGAGUUUUAG